ACGGGCUGAGUUAAGCAUGUUUUUCGCAAGUUAACGUUGCAACGUUGAAGAUUAAAAGCAGAUUUUCAAAAUUAAUACUGUGAUUUUGAAUAGUUUAAGGAUUAUGCUUAAGUGGAGGUGACUGCUAGGCUGGUUAGAAAUAUAUCACAAGUGCAUUUCAGAGUUAUAAGUCUGGAGAGGAAAGGACAGACGUGAAUUACAAUAUAUGAUACCCCAUUUCUGAAGCACACCGACUUGAGAGUAGAUCUCCUGAAUAGGAUUAUUAGUCGUUGAGUAAACGCAUGAAUAUUUAAAAUAUUCAUAUAUAUACAUAUAUAGGGAUGCUUCAAUGUAUUUUUAGACUGAAAUAUGUCUAUAGAGAUAACUACAUUAGAAUAAAACCUCAAAAAGAAAAAUUAUGAACUCUAAUAAAUGGAAUAUGGAAAAGCGGAAAGUUGAGAGAAGAAAACUUAUCAUGAAAUUUUGCAUCUGCAUCUUCAGUUUUGUCCUUUUUGCCAUCGUUUCAUUGGAUCAUAGAAGUUUCAAAUAUACUCAAAGUAACCGACGUGUCAAAAGAGAACAGAAAACUGAUGACAAAGAAGAUGAAAUAAUCAAGUGUGAAAAUGGAGGAAUUUGGAAUAAAAAAUUACGAAGUUGUGCUUGCACCUUGGGUUGGAUCGGGAAUAAAUGCAAUGUUUGGCGUAGGAUUUGUAAAAUAAUUUCACACGGCAUUCACUUUUCGUAUCAGAUAACGAGAUUACUUUGGCAGUUAUACAAUCAUUACUGCUUUUUUGACAAUGGACUCAACUAUCGGGGAAAAUUAAGUUUGACGAAAACUGGAACUAUUUGUCAACCCUGGACGACUGAUGAAAACCUGAGGUUCAAAUUGGGAGAACUUGGAAUAGGGGUUCAUAAUUACUGUCGAAAUCCGGACAAUGACGAAAAGGGUUUAUGGUGUUUUGUUGGCGGUGAACAGUUCGUUGAAUACUGCAAUGCAACUCGAUGUCCGGAUUCUGUCAAGAAGUUGCUAUCUCUUAACGCGGGUGAUAUUGGCCCAGCAGAUGACACCUCUGCUGCCGUCCAAUUCCUGUUCGGACCGCUGAUAUCUGGAGUAUGUGCUGGGGUCGUGGCAUUAUUGGCUUUUAUCGCAGUUGCAGAGUAUGCCAGGCGUAAAAAACUUUUUAGCAGGAGACGCAAGCCAAAUAAUAGUGAUUCGACCACAAAAAAGAACUCUAUGGAAAUCCAAAAUGUGGAUGAAGAAAAAGGGGAAAUAAGUUUGGAAUGCGACAGAAAGAGCAAAACCGAUAUUCGAACGCUUGGAGGAAUAGUAACCGUUGAUGUAGACACUGGAAAAGAAAAAGUUCACACGUAUACGUCAAAGAAAAUGAGCAAAGCUCGUCUGAUGUUGGAACGGGCUGAAUAUGGGGAAGACAAUAAUGCUUUUAUUCAAGCAGAAGUAGGAGAGGCUAGAAACGUAUCAGUUGAAUCGAAUGACACAGGUCCUCCUCCACCUUAUCAACUCGUAGAGGAUACUCAGACGUCGCCAGAUUUGGAGGAGAUGACAGAUAUAUCUCAAGGACUAGAUAUUCAUACAAACGCAAUGAACAAAAUAGAACCACGAAUAUACAAGGAUAAACAAAGACCAAACAAAGUGAAGUCUAAAAGGAGGUCAACCUCACGGUCCUCCUUGAAGGCAAUGCAAAAUAUGAUAGAAAAACAGACUGUUGAUGACUCAGAAAUUAGCCCAGUUCAAUCAGAAUUGCCAGUUCCUAAGCCUCGAGUUCCCAGAGGGUCAAAUCAUCAGAUUUCGGAUGUUAGGAAUGAACGAAAUCGACGCAAAGAGAUAACAAAAACACGUGAAAAUGACGAUGGUACCAGGGGAGAAUCAAAACGAAAAGGGAGAGGACGGCAAUGUAAUUUAAAUGACACAAUAGCCAGUAAUGGUGAAACGCGUCAAACACUAAAAGAGCCCAAAAGCAAGUCACAAUUAGCAGCCAAUAUACGCCACUCGCAACGUCGGAGGAGUCUGGAAGAACAAAUUAAUGAAAUUCCACCAGGUCGAAGAAAAAAAUCAGUUAAAGACUUAGCAAAAAAUUUUGAAGAAGGAUUCAGUACCUUCCAAUAUGGAGAUGACGAAAACGUAUAUACUGACUUCAAAUAUAUUGAACCUAUUACUGAGGUAAAGGAAAGCGAGACGAUACAUCCACAUUCAACGCUAAACAGUCGAAUGGAGCCGACGACAUUCCUAUAAUGCCGUUUCAGCUUUAACGCAACAAAGUACUAUUUACUGUGUUCAAUUGAAAGUUGACAGAAAUUAUUAAAAUUCACAGCUUACAUGGUUUUAUAACAGCUUGGCUGAUGAAGACCUACCUGAACAAAAAUUGGAUUUUUUGUUGUAUCAUUACUGUAACUUUGAACGAUUUCGAUAUGCUCCAUAUUUUUGAAAUAAAAUUUACAACCAUAAA